GCAGCAAGCAUCCCCAGACAUCAAAGCCCGAGAAGAAUCGUCAGUCGUGGGUCAAACACUGUGCCCGAAGCGUGCCAGGGAACCGGGUCUGACAGCUCCAACUUCCCCUUUCGAGGCUCAUCAAGCCGCCGAAUCGCCACAAACUCGCGGUCUCUCAGGAUGACCCCAUAACCCUCGUGAUGUUGCCGCAUGUUUCAAGUGAAAUUUGACAUAAGGGUCUGCUCAAACUUAAGUGAAUGGGAAGGUAGACUGAAACUUGAUGGGUGGAAACAGUCCGAUGCCUGGGGCAUCAAGUCAAUCGCCCAAAGCAACCAAGCACCCGCCUCUUACUUCAUUCUUCAUUCUACAUGUCUCCACGCUCGUCACUUCCACUUACAUUUCAUCAAUUUUCCAUCGAGCUCUAUCCUACCUCAUUAGAAUUGGUUGCAGAAGAGCUCGAGCUUUCGCCUUCUGAGCUCACCUUUCUUGAAACUUUCAAGGAAGGUGAGAGCUCGCUGAUUUGCAAAGUCGCCGUGCACGGAAUGGACUGUGUUAUGAAAGUGUUCCAUGAGUAUACUAAAAGGGAGUGGGAUAACCCCGAUAUCGAAAUCAGCAUGUGCAUGCGCGAGGUGACAGCCUACGAACGCCUAAAAGCGAAGGGACUCUGCGCGCGAGGGGUCAUCCCUGACUACUACGGCUACAUGACGUUUGCGGACCUGACACUCUGGCCUGAGCUGCACAUGUUCACUGACGACGAGCUGCCCCCAAAGGCGAUUCUGAUCGAGUGCGUCCCCGGCAUGCAACAACUUGAACUCAUCAACUACACCCAGUCAAGGGUGAAGACGUUGCGGAACGUUCUGUCCGAGAUCAACGCGGCGAAGGUAUUGCACAGUGACAUUGCCCCAAGGAAUAUGAUGGUAUGCUCUGGAGAGACGGAACGAGUGCUUUGGAUUGACUUCGAUCUGUCGGUCGUAUUUCCCGAGGACGAGCCUCUGACAGAAGAGCAUCAAGAGUGGGUUGAGGAUGAGGCUGCCUUAAUGGACGAGUUUGUGGACUGGCUGUCCCAGGACGCAGUGGAAGGGAAACUUCACAAGGCAUUCCGUUGCUACUACUAUGGGACGUAAACCUAUUGGAAGCGGAUCAAGAUGGGACUACCAGGCACGCCAGAAUCAGUAUUGCCAGGUCCUGUCGAACACGACAAAGAUAUUGGAGGCAACGAAGAGAACCAAGACAACGAAGACCACGAAGACCACGAAGGCAUCAAGGGCACUGAAUAUAUAAAAUCGUGGAUCAGUCUCUCAGGAACUGCCAUGUGGACCAAGUGUCAGUGAUCUUGUCAGAGAUAUCUUGUAACUGUGGGAUGGAUUUGAUGAUGACCUAUGCUCUCUGACGAUGCGAGACAUUCCGCGCCUUCGUCCUGGACUGCGAGAGUCUUGUGCAAGGGCUACCCCGGCAAAAAUGAGGACUGAAAGACACUUGGGUUACUCCAAUGCACCUUUUUUAUUUCCCCUGCCGAACUCCGUUGUUGUACUGUACAGCGGUAAUCAAGUAGCAAAUCGAACCUAGGCCACGACACAGUAGUGAAU